AUGCACAUUCUUAAACUUAAUUUCAAACUUUUGACGAUAUUUGGAUGCUGGCGACCGGAUUCUUGGUCGUCGUUACAUAAACGCUUCAUUUUAUUGAUGAAUCGCAAAAACAUUAUUAUGUUAAUAGGCAUUCUAAUGAAAAAACCUUGUAGACCAUCAAGAUUGACUGAAAUUGAGAUUCUAUAUAAAUUCGAUAAAAGCAUACAGUAA